CUAUUAGAGGAAGUCCUUACUGUACACUACAGUUUUGACAGCUUUGACGCUUCAUUCAGUGAAUCAGAGUUAUUCUAAACGUUUAGUGUUUUACUUUAGUUUUGUGACAAUCUUCGUACUGAGGCUUGUUGGUGUUUACAUAACUAACAGGCUCAAAUAUGCAGAACUACGCAGAGACAGUCAGAGAGUUUGUGGAGAGGCACGCCUUGGGUUUAACUGCUGCUGUUGUUGCAGGGGCAGGCGUGCUGGCCUUGCGCAGGUGGAUGGCUGGGGGAGUGUGUCGGAGCAAGGUCAGGCUGGAUGGGAAAACAGUCCUCAUCACAGGAGCCAACACUGGCAUUGGGAAAGAGACGGCCCUGGAUAUGGCCAAGCGGGGAGCCAGAGUGAUCCUCGCCUGCAGAGACAUGACCAGAGCCCGCAUCGCAGCUGACGAUAUCCGGCAGCAGAGUGGAAACGGCAAUGUGGUGGUAAAGAAACUGGACCUGGCCUCGCUGCAGUCUGUCAGGGACCUGGCCAAAGAUGUGCAGGAGAAUGAGCAACGUUUGGACAUCCUCAUCAACAAUGCAGGUAUCAUGAUGUGUCCUAAGUGGAAGACUGAAGAUGGCUUUGAAAUGCAGUUUGGUGUCAACCACCUGGGACAUUUUCUCCUCACCAACUGUCUCCUUGAUCUGCUCAAGAAGUCAACUCCAAGUCGCGUCGUCAUUGUCUCCAGCCUGGCACACGAGAAAGGCCGUAUACACUUUGAUGACAUCAACCUUGAUAAAGACUACAAACGCCAGGACAGCUACCGCCAAAGCAAGUUGGCUAAUGUGCUCUUCUGCAGAGAGCUGGCUAAGAGACUACAAGGCACUGGUGUGACAGUUUACAGUCUUCACCCUGGGGUCAUUAACACCGAGUUAGGCCGCCACUUGUUCCCUACUUUAGCUCUGUGGCAGAAGAUGGUAGCAGCGCCAUUUAUGAUGAUGAUCAAAACUCCCAGGGAAGGAGCUCAGACCACCAUCUACUGCGCUGUGGACGAGAAAGAGGCAAACGCCAGCGGCCUCUACUACAGUGACUGUGCACCCAAAACGCCGGCCCCACAGGCCCUGGAUGAUGUUGCAGCCAAAAAACUGUGGGACCUCAGUGCCUCCAUGGUUGGUCUGGCUUAAACACAACAUCCUGCCUUGCUUUUAUCACCUACUCCUCCUGCUGGAGUCAGCUGCUCUGUUUAUACAAGUGGAUCAAAGGAGCUUUAUUAUUACCUAAUGGGUAAGGGCGAUGCAUUAAUAAUGAUGAUUUGUACCUGUCUUUUAGACAGAUCAGAGGGUCAGAUAAUUUUAGACCUAAAAUAUUUGCUAAUGAGAACAAAAUUUUGCACUAUAUAACCUCAGACUUCAGUCAGUUGAUUGGAUAUUAUAACUAGGUGUAUGGCUUUAUCUUUAUAUCAUGCAGAUUGUGCACUAUGAAUUAUGCUUUAUUGUAUAUCCAUGGUAUGCUGCUAUAUCCUUAUAGAAAUGAGGCAACACUUGCUUUGCAAUCUACAAUAUUGGCUGAUUGUUCGCAUUUUUUAAAGUUUCUUUAUUGUUUUGUUUAAGGACACGUAACGUGUACAUUGCAAAGGUAGCAGUCUGUAUCCAACAUAGAUUCAAGAUAAAGUAAUGUCCAGUUAAGACAGAUAACAAUGAGAAAAAUAAAGUAACAAUACAAAGAAAGGGAAAAAGUACACACUGAAACAGCAGUAGUUAUAAUAAGUAUUUGGAAGAACAAAAUAAACACCCUGGCAACACAAAUGUGACAGAAAUGAUGAUGUGGUGCACCAUAGAUAGGGCCUAGUCACCUAACAUCAAGCACAUAAGACAUGAGUCAGUUCACUUUCUUUUUUACCUUUGACAUUUUUUUUUACUUGGAAAAUACUAAAAUGCUUAUGGGCCAAACAGGCUCAUCAACAUUUUUUUCAUCAUAUGAUUUAUGCUGAAUUUGUACUUACAAGACUUCAAACUGCUGCUUUUAUUGCUACCUAACAAUUGCCAGCAUACAGUAAAAUGACUGUACAGUUUGUAUAACUGAGUCUAUCAACCUCGUCGCAGAAGAGCCAUAAAAACAUUUAAAGCAAUACUACAUUUUCUUAAGAGCUACAAGGAAAGGAAGAUGACAGCCUAUUUGCAUACAGACUGAAGAAGUAGACUGUGUUGAAGUCGUGUUGAAGUCGUGUUGAAGUGUUGCUGGGAAGUGACCUUAUGUGUCAGCACUGAGGGGGAGGGAUUGUUGCACUCCAGAGGAGAGAGGAUCCUCCACCAGGUGUAGAGAGGGAGUGGAUGCCUCAGGGGCAGAGAGCAGUUAGGACGCAGCCAGUUGAUCCAAAGGACUCGUCAGCUUACUGAAUGUCCUCCUGAGUAGGUGUGUGUGAGAGUGUGUGUGUUUCCUCACACAGUGGGUGCUGUUUGUUGUAUUAUGAUUUGUUACUUUCAUUUUUUUUGAGGUGAGAAUUGAACUGUGUGUUUUAGUUAACCAAAGUUACAUAAAAUGAACAAAGUGUACAGCAGGUAAACACAAGCAGUGUAACAUUAACGGCAAUAAAUGCCUGAUUACAAGUGAUUUCGUCUCUGGAAGUUAUUUAAAAACAGGUGCGAUAAGUAAAACUAGAUAUUUAUAGGAGAUACAUCAUGACUUGCAGAAACAAAGCACAUUCAAACAUGAUGAUGUGUUGAAAAGGGUGACUCCAGUCCCAUAAUAUGUUUGAGAGCAUACAGGGAUGCCAGUCUUAGCUCUUUGCUGGAAGCCUGGCUAUUUUAAAGACAGUGUUUCCACAGUCAUAAAAAAAACAGGAAAUGUCAUGGAAUUUCACAAUCACAUUUUCCAGGCCUGGAAAAGUCAUGGAAUUAAUAAAAAAACAUUUAAGUUUUUGAGAAAUCAUGGAAUUUUGUUGUGUGUAAUGAAAUUGUUACAGUAAUCUUCCACCUAAUGUAACAUAACAGCAAAUUUUAAUUUCUGAAGCUGUCGACAUAAGUAGCUUUAAUAUACCUUGUUGUGUGACAACAUUUUGUCUACCAAUAAGUACGUUUCUUAAUUUUCUCUCCGUGUUCCAUCUCUCCAUCCAUGUAUAGUAGCUAGCUGAAAUUAUAUUUAAGUAAUGUUUGAUAAUUUUAAAAAACGCCGGGCAAGUAGGGCAAGAAAAAUAAACAUUAUUCUUAUGAUGGAUCCUUAAAAAGAGUUUACCCAGAGUUCUUAUGAAUGAAGCCAGAUGAAAAUAUAUAUGCUAUAAAAGGGAAUUAGUGGAAAUAGCUCAGGCUUUUGACAAAACACAGCAUCCGUCAGCUCUCAUAUGUAUCACAUUUAAAACAUCAUAAGGUUUCCCCUUCAAAUCAACAACUUUGUUAUUUCAUGUUUCAUAUCAGGAUUUUCUAAUCACAUCCCAUGAAUUUCCAUGCUCCUGUUCUCCAGCUUUCAGUUGUCACAACCUCACGUUUGAUGUUGAUCCACUUUGUUGUACCAACAUGCUUAUUCUUGUACAGUAUGCAAACUAUGAGUUAUAUUCUUUUGUUUGAAACUUUCCACCUAAUCCACUGUAAUUAAAAAGAAGAAAUGCCAA